CUUUGUAAUUGUAUAUUUUAAAUAAAGUUGUAGUAUUUAUUUAUUGUAUUUGCUCCUAUUUAUGUGAGCCCCGGUUUUUAGUGUUUUGUAAAUACACUAUUUCAUUUUGCUGUUGUUUUAAGACUCCGGACAAUGUCUGCCGAUGGCUGUAUACCACCUGGUGAUUCCAAGGAAAUUCCUGUCUUUGGAAAACUUACUGAAGGUUCUGUGAAAGUCUCCCCUGAAAAACCUGCUCUUAACCACACUGAAGAAUCUCACACUGUACCACUCCAUGACUGUAAAGUUCAACUGAAUGGAAAUUGCUCAGCCUCUGUUAUGCAGAGCAACACAGGAGAUGAAUCGUCAAUACCGUUAGAGGUUGGAGAUGUGCGUCUUGCUCCAGCCCAAGAGCUAUGGAGCACAGCCAGAGACAAGGCUGUGAAACUGAGGAUGGAAGCAUUGGGAUUGGGCUCAGAACCUCCCAUGACAGUCCAUCAGAUGUUUCAAGCUACGGUGGAGAAGUGCGGAGAUUGGCCUGCCCUACAGGCCAAGAAAGAUGGAAUGUGGUUCACCUUGACCUACAUGGAAUACUAUCAACAUUCCAGAGCUGCAGCAAAAAGCUUUUUGAAGCUUGGCCUAGAGCGAUUUCAUGGCGUUGGCAUUCUGGGCUUCAAUUCUCCUGAAUGGUUUAUUGCAGAUGUUGGAUGUAUUCUAGCAGGGGGACUUGCAACAGGAAUCUAUACAACAAGCUCUCCAGAAGCCUGCCAGUAUGUUGCGGAUAACUGUCAAGCUAAUGUUCUGGUGGUCGAAAACCACAAACAACUGAUCAAAAUCCUCCAGGUCAGAGAUCAACUACCACAUUUGAAAGCUAUUGUUCAGUACAAGGGUGAAAUGGAGCAGAAGUUACCAAAUGUAUAUACGUGGGCAGAAUUCAUGAAACUUGGAGAGGAUGUCCCUGAAGCCAAAUUGGAUGCAGUGAUCAACAGUCAAAAUGCCAAUGAGUGCUGCACACUCAUCUACACAUCAGGGACCACAGGAAAUCCCAAAGGGGUCAUGCUCAGCCACGACAAUAUCACAUGGACAGCCAAUGCAGUUGGCACCAUGACCAGGGUGAAGAUGGGUGAGGAGGAAUUGGUGAGCUAUUUGCCCCUGAGUCACGUGGCAUCCCAGGUCAACGACAUGUGGAUCUGCAUGAGGUUUGCCGGCACAGUCAGUUUUGCAGAACCAGAUGCACUGAAGGGCUCUCUGGCCAACACUCUGAGAGAGGUGCGUCCCACAAGCUUCUUGGGAGUUCCCAGAGUAUGGGAAAAAAUGCAAGAAGCGAUGAAAGCCGCUGGUGCAAAAUCAUCCAUCAUGAAAAAAAUGAUCGCCGAUUGGGCCAAGGGGAUAGGACUUCAAGCAAGCUAUAAUGCCAUGGAUGGUGAUUCCUCAGUGCCUUGGGGCUUCAUGUUGUCAAAUAACCUGGUUUUCAAAAAUGUGCGAAAAGCUCUGGGUCUUGAUCGCUGUAAGGCCUGCUACACUGGGGCAGCUCCAAUCACCAAAGACACACUAGAGUACUUCAUGAGCCUUUAUAUACCCAUCUUUGAGCUGUAUGGGAUGAGUGAGAGCACUGGACCCCACACCAUCUCCUGGGCUGAAGACUAUCGCAUUAUGAGCUGUGGUAAGGUGAUGACAGGCUGCAAAACCAAGCUAGACAAGGAGGAUAAUGAUGGGAAUGGUGAGGUCUGUGUCUGGGGACGGCAUGUGUUCAUGGGAUACCUGAACAUGCCAGACAAGACUGAAGAGGCACUGGAUGCAGAUGGGUGGCUACACUCAGGAGACCUGGGAAAACAUGACAAAAAUAACUUCCUGUACAUCACUGGAAGGAUAAAAGAGUUAAUCAUUACUGCUGGUGGAGAAAAUGUACCACCAGUCCCCAUUGAGGAUGCAGUAAAGGAGGAGGUGUCAAUAAUCAGUAAUGCAAUGUUGGUUGGAGAUAAAAAGAAGUUCCUCUCCAUGCUACUCACACUCAAAUGUAAUGUUGAUGAGAAUGGAGAGCCCACAGAUGAACUGACUCCACUCGUGGUGGAGUUUUGCCGGCAGCAUGGUGUGAUUGCCAGCAAAGUCUCAGAAAUCAUUAACAAAAAAGAGCCAGCCAUUUACAAAGUGAUCCAGGAGGGCAUGGAGCGUGUCAAUGCUAAAGCAACAUCCAAUGCCCAGAGAGUCCAGAAGUGGACCAUCCUGUCACAGGACUUCUCCGUAUCUGGAGGAGAACUUGGUCCAACAAUGAAGCUCAAGAGGCCUGUUGUCACUAAAAUGUAUCAAGAAGAAAUCAACAAAUUUUAUGGGGAAUAACAGACGUCCCCAGAAGAAACAUUUGUGAUUUUUACUAAACUUGUUUGCAGCAGUAAUGAGUGACAACAAUUGGAUCCCAUUCUUUUGCCACUGCUCAGUAAUAUAUCUGGAUUCCGCUCACUUUGAAGCUUCUAACAGACUGCUGGACAGUAAGCAUUACUAUUACAAAGCCAUCUGCCCUCAGUCAAGGUUUAUCAACUGCACCAUUUUCGAUGGCACUAUAUGCAGCAAAAAAGAUUGAAUGAAUGUAACAAUGAUUUUUCUCAUGUUGUCUGCUAUUCACUUUUUGGUAAUUUAUUAUGUACCAAUAUAUACCAAUAUUUUUAAAUUCAGAACCAAUUUGCUGAUCAAUUACUUCCUUGAGGUGGCUGCUUGAUCAGUGCUUCUGUUAUUACAACUGGUCUUUUUUUCUGUAUAUUCUGUAGAAUAUAUGAAAUGUUAAUGAAAUUACUGUGCAUAUUACUGUUAUUGUGAGAUCUGUUCAAUCUCUUCAAACAGCUACAGUGUAACUAAAGAAGCAGUUGUGUAAAGAAAAUGUUUCUUAUGUACUUUUGACUUUCACCCAGCACCCUGGAUAUUUAUGAGAAUGGAGAUCAUCAGCAUA